AUGGCACCACAAAGCUCCAUUUUUAUGAUCAAAGGAGUUAAAACAGCCACUAAAAACUAUCAGGAUGAUAUUUUGGAAUCUGUUGUUAAGCCUCUAAAUGAUACUCUGCUGGAAGUCAUUGGGUUUUCCAACAGGAUACCACUCCAUUCACAAGUCCAGGUCAAUUCAGCAGUGACUGCAAAAGAACAUUCCAGAGUUCAUCUCUGCCUCGGAUCGGCACUUAGGAAGCCCUGA